UACAAACUCAGAAUACAUAACUCUGAUAAAAUGGAAAUGAAAGAUUCGUUACAUUUUGAAGUUCCAUUCACACUGUUAUUUAGACAAUGGAAAGUAGUUAAUACAAAAGAUGCAAUACUUUCUUGCCUCCUGCUGAUGAUUAUAUCGUUGUUGUACGAAUGCUUAAAAUACGGCCGAUCCCACCUCAACACCGUCUUAGGAAAAGCAAUCAACCAUACGGAAGAGCGGGCAACAUCCAAAGUGAUUAGAAAGGUUUCCACUUCCCCUUCAUGCCAAUGCGUACCGAUAAAUAGUACCAAACAACUGAUUCGUACUCCCAAAGUAAAAAGAUCGAAGUGUUCAUCGAUUAGAAGAUUUUUGAAGUCUUCAGUCCUAAUAUUGCACUUGACUUGCUGCCUCAUGUACGGGCUAGAAAUGUUCAUAUCACUGUCUCUUAUGUUGUCGGCAAUGUCAUUUCACAUUGGUGUAAUAGUCAGCAUAGUUGUUGGAGCAGUGUCGGCAAAAAUUAUUCUGAUGUGGCCAAGGGGUACAAGACCAGUCAGUGAUAAUGUGUUAAAUGAUACUCAAUGUCAUUAAAAGCGACGAUGAAACGACGCUUGACAUGACUCAGUUUUGCACGAACAAUAGAAGAAUGAUCAAUCAACGUGAAGUUAAAGCGUUCUCUACCAGACGCUAUUUACUCGCCAUAGUUUAUAGCUGUUUCUAUAUUUCAUGUUGUUCCAUAAUGAUUGCUUAUAGUACACAUAUAAAAAAAUGUCUUUCCAUUACAGCAUUUGACAUGAUUCCAAUUAUCGGGUGUCCCGUUUCAACAAAUGAUGAACGUGCUCACUUAUCAAUUAUAGUCAAAUUUGCAUUUUCCAACUGUUUUUGUAUGCCUCAAUAUCGUAUUUCGGAAACGAAUACCCGCAUUUAAACCUGAAGCAUAUUACAUAUGGAUAGAGAUAGUGUCAAGACUGGUCUUACUCAUUGGUCAUUAAUCCUUAACUUAAAUAUGUCAGUAAUUCUACUAAGCUGCAUUUAAUCUUUUGUCAUGCUGGUGAUACAUUUUUACCAAAUUUUUCGAGCCCAUCAUCCUCUGAUAUGGAGUAUUUAUUGUGUUGAUGAGUUCUCAACAAAACAUGCCCUUCCCCAAUAGUUUUCUGUGAUUACAUCGAUUUUGUUGAGGUUUUAUUUGACAGACCAACUUUUCUAAUAAUCAUUUUCAAUGUGAACCUUAAUCACAUCAGCAAAUAGGGUGGGAGUUGACCUCGAUCGCAUCAUGGUCGUAUCGCUCCCUCCCGUCAAUACCAAAGCAAUUUUAUUUGUGUUACGUAUUUUUUUUCGUAUUGAUGAUUGUUUGUAUGACAAAAUAAUAUAUACGGUAUCUCUCUCUAAAGAAACCAUCCAUAACAGGAAUCACGAUUGUUACAAUUUUGCUAUAGGGUCAUCUGGUAAGAUAAAUCGAAUAUCGCUCAAUCGUGCUUAGGGACAAGAAUAUGAAAAACGCAAGUUAAUUUGACAACAGUUUUUGUCUUAUCUUAAAGCGAUGAUGUUGCAAAAAUAAUGCAUUUCUAUUGACCUAUUGAUACAUGCGUGUGGCGCGCCUAAUAAGGUAGUCAUUUACGUCAGAUCAAUGAUACGAAUAUAUAUAUAAAUUGUUUUAAUUAUGAUAACCAUUACGGUAUUGAUAAAAAUCCAGCGUCAAAUGAGGCAAUGACGUGUGAAAAAUUGUAUUCAUUACAU